GCAACAUUUGAUGCACCAUGUGAACAAUUAUUUACUGAUUACUGGGAUAAAUAUGAAGAAUCAGCUUAUAGAAACAAGAAUACAUCAUUAGCUCAGAAGAUUGCUACAUUUACACCAAAUGUCGAACUUAUUCAUCACGCCGUAAAAGAUUCUGGAAUCGUGAAAGGUCGAGAUUUUGUGAUGACAAGAAUUCACAGAAGAAUAAACAAUGAAAUCAUUGUAGCAGUUCGUAGCUAUGAUACUGAUGAAAUCAAGCCGCACAAAAAGAAGAUCAGAAGCAGAAUACUACUUGGUGGUGGCCGCUUCCGAAUCCACCCACAAGACUCCCAAAAAUCAAUUAUAGAUUUCCUUAUCUGCCUGGACUACAGUAGUAUCGACCUAACAAAAUCAGUUCUCGAAUCAACAAUAUCCAAACAUAUUUUGCAAGACACUGAAUGGAUACGUAAAGACAUCGAAAAACAUAGAAGGGGUGAAAGUAAUAAAUGA